AUGAGAUUGUCACUAGGUAAAAACAACAACAUACAAGAACUCAGAAAUUUUGCAGAAUGGCUACUCAAAAUUGGUGAUGGUUUGGCUGGUGAUACAACAGAUGGUGAAUCGAUCGUUCAUAUACCAUCUGACAUUUUGAUUAAGAACUCUGAGACAGCUUUGGAUGACCUCAUUGAUUUCGUGUAUCCAAAUAUGUUAUCCAAUUUAUCCGUUGAAAAUUAUUUCAAGGAUAGAGCAAUUCUUGCACCAACUUUGGAUUUUUAUGUCAUUGAUGUCAACAACAAGAUAACUGCAGGGCUACCUGGACAAGAAAGAGUCUACUUAAGUUCAGACUCUGUGUGUGCUGAAGAGGGAAAUAUGGAAUUUGAGUUAGAUGCUUUCUCGUUGGAGAUUCUAAAUGGAAUAAAUUGUUCAGGUCUACCACCACACAAGUUGGUUCUGAAAGUUGGCGCUCCUGUUAUGUUGCUGCGGAAUAUAGACCAAAGUAAUGGUUUGUGCAAUGGAACGAGGAUGCAAGUUAGAAGAAUGGGAAAUCAUGUGAUAGAAUGCAAGACUUUAACUGGUAACAAAGCUGGAAGUAUUGUUCUUAUCCCAAGACUGAAUCUAAUUCCAAAUAAUGAAACAUUACCGGUCAAGUUUCAAAGAAGACAAUUCCCAAUUAUCAUGUCAUUUGCAAUGACAAUAAAUAAGUCCCAGAGACAAACUCUAUUGAAAGUUGGAAUUUACCUUUCAAGGCCAAUUUUCACCCAUGGUCAAUUGUAUGUUGCGUUAUCAAGGGUAACGAGUAAAGAUGGUCUGCGAGUGUUGUUGCAAGAUCAUGGACACUUGGAAGAUAACUGCACGAUGAAUGUGGUAUAUAGAGAAGUUUUUGAGAGCCUAUAA